UUUUACCCUCUAAAACAUUUAAUAUUAUAACUCUUUCUGAUGCCCCCUUUGAAAGGUCAAUAAGUUUAGUAAAGAAAAAUGUGAAAGGUACUGAUGACGCUAGCCUUGAGGGAUUAGAAAGUUCUGUAAAGGCUCUUGGAGGUCGCUUUUCAUAUUUAAGUCUUUUCAUUGAUAAAAUUCGUGGAGGUAAAAAACCAUCAGAGGCAUUAAAUGAACUUGUCACCAGAGCAAAAUUUGAAAUUUUGAAACUUGCAUUUGGAGAUAAUACUGAAGAUGCAAAAUCAAUUCCAUGGAGUGAUAUCCAAUUUUGGGCAAUUAUGAAGAGAUUGGCUAAUAAUGGAAUUUUGUCAUAUGAAGAAAUUAAAUCGUCACCAUUCUUCAAAGAUGAUGAUACACCUAUUAGAGAAAUGGAAGAUUCCGAUUUAAUUCUAAUUGUACAAUCCGAUGACAAAAUAACUAAUAUAAUUAAACCAGGAAAUCAACUUUAUCGAGUAGCCUUUCAACAAAUUUGUUCCGUUGAAUUAUUUAAAGCAAACAUGGAAUUGAAAACUUAUAAAUAUCUUUAUAAUUUCGUGUUUGAAAAAAUAAAAAGAUAUGAAGAAGAACUUCAAUUAUUAGGAAAAUCAUUAAUAAGACAAGAUGGUAAAUGGUUAUGGGUAUUGGGAAAUGAUAAUCAAGUUCCAAUUACAAUUAAAGAAAGAGUGGACUUUUUAUUGGGUAGAAUUCAUAAAUGUCAUAUCAAGGCUGCAAAAUAUCAAGAAGAAAUUGAUAAAUGGUCAAAAGUUAUUGAAAUUAAUGGUAAAAACGUUGAAAAAAAGGAACAAUUAACAUAA